AACCCCACCCUCGGUCAGAGGAAAAGCUCCUGGGGUGAGACGCAGAAGCUUCAGAAAAACCGAGAAGAAAAGCAGCUCCCUCCGCGCGCCACGUUCUCUGCCUCGCACUCCUGCGCGGCCGGCCCAGCCUGCGCCUGGCCCGCGGCCCUUCGCCCGGCUGCGCCUUCCCACCCCGGCCUUCCGGGUGCCUCGGCCGGCGACCUGCCUCCGAGUCCUCCCAUGGCGGCAGCGCGACCCACAGGCUCCGCGAGCGGAGCCCUUUGCUGGCAACUCCUGCUGACCCUCGCGAUCUUAACAUUUGCCUGUGAUGCCUGCAAAACAGUGACACUACAUGUUCCCUCCAAACUAGAUGCUGUAAAAUAUAUUGGUAGAGUUAACCUGAAGGAGUGCUUUAAAUCUGCAAAUCUAAUUCAUUCAAGUGAUCCUGAUUUCCAAAUUUUAGAAGAUGGUUCAGUCUAUGCAACAAAUGCCAUUCUUUUGUCCUCAGCGAAGAGAUCUUUUACCGUAUUACUUUCCAACACAGAGACCCAAGAAGAGAAGAAAAUACUUGUCCUUUUAGAGCAACAAACAAAGGUACUGAGGAAAAGGCGUUCUCAAGAAAAAGUUCUAAUACGUGCCAAGAGAAGAUGGGCUCCUAUUCCUUGUUCAGUGUCUGAGAAUUCCUUGGGUCCUUUCCCACUCUUUCUUCAACAGAUUCAAUCUGAUACAGCACAAAACUACACUAUUUACUAUUCCAUAAGUGGGCCUGGAGUUGACAAAGAACCUCUAAAUUUAUUUUAUGUAGAGAGAGAUACUGGAAACCUGUUUUGUACUCGUCCUGUAGAUCGUGAAAUGUAUCCAUCUUUUGAGCUAGUUGCCUUUGCAACAACUAAGGAUGGAUAUACUCCAGAAUAUCCACUGACCCUACUAAUCAGAAUCGAGGAUGAGAAUGAUAACUUCCCAAUUUUUACAGAAACAACUUACAUUUUUAAUGUUACUGAAAACUGCAGAGUUGGUACUACCGUGGGACAGGUUUGUGCAACUGACAAAGAUGAGCCUGACACACUGCACACGCGUCUAAUGUACUCCAUCAUCGAGCAGUUACCAGCAUCACCCACCCUCUUUUUUAUGCAGCCAGCUACAGGUGUGAUCACCACAACGUCAUCUCGGCUAGACAGAGAGGUAACUGAUAAAUACCAAUUGAAAAUAAAAGUACAAGACAUGGAUGGUCAAUAUUUUGGUUUGCAGACAACUGCAACUUGCAUCAUUAAUAUUGGAGAUGUGAAUGACAACUUGCCAACAUUCAACCGUUUAUCUUAUGAGGUAUCAGUGGAGGAAAAUAGAGUUGAUGUGGAAAUCUUACGUGUUGCCGUUACAGAUAAGGAUUUAAUUAAUACUGCUAAUUGGAGAGCUAAUUAUACCAUUUUAAAGGGCAAUGAAAAUGGAAAUUUUAAAAUUGUAACAGAUCCCAAAACCAAUGAAGGAGUUCUGUGUGUGGUUAAGCCACUGAAUUACGAAGAAAAACAAGAGAUGACCCUACAAAUCAGUGUAGUUAAUGAAGCUCCAAAUUUUGCUAGUUCGAGAUCAACCGGGAGCAUGGCGACAGUCACUGUUCGUGUAAAAAAUCAGGAUGAAGGCCCUGAGUGUCGCCCUGCAGUGCAAAUUGUUCGUAUUAAAGAAAAUGUACCAGUGAGCACAAAGGACAUUGGAUAUAAAGCACAUGACCCGGAAACAAAUAGUAGCAGUGGCAUAAGGUAUGAGAAAUUAAGUGAUCCAGAAGGAUGGGUCAGUGUUGAUGAAAACUCAGGAUCAAUCACAAUUUUAAGAAGCCUGGAUAGAGAGGCAAAGACCAUCAGAAAUGGUAUAUAUAAUAUCACAAUCCUUGCCUCAGACGAAGGUAAGAGAACAUGUACUGGGACACUAGGGAUUAUACUUGAAGACGUGAAUGAUAACGGCCCAUUCAUACCUGAAAGGACAGUGAUAAUGUGUAAAACUGUCAUGUCAUCGGCGGAGAUUGUGGCUGUGGAUCCCGAUGAACCCACACACGGCCCACCCUUUGACUUCAGUUUGGAAGGUGUUUCUGAUUCAGAAGUACUUAGAAUGUGGAGACUGACAAAAAUGAACGAUACAGCAGCACGUCUUUCCUAUCUGAAUGACCCCCAGUUUGGACGAUAUACAGUACCUGUCAGAGUUGCAGAUAGGCUUGGCCAAUCACUUGUCACUCAGUUAGACGUGAUGUUAUGUGACUGUGUUACCCGAAGUGACUGCAAGAUUCCCUCAUCUGUGAGGACUCCCAAAGGACUGAUGCUUGGAAAGUGGGCCAUCCUUGCAAUAUUGUUGGGCAUAGCAUUGCUAUUUUGUGUCCUAUUUACCUUAGUCUGUGGGGCUACUGGGGCAGCCAAAAAGCCAAAAGUAUUUCCCGAUGAUUUAGCCCAGCAGAACCUCAUUGUAUCAAACACUGAAGCUCCCGGCGAUGACAAAGUGUAUUCCACCAACGGCUUCACAACCCUUACUGCGGGAGGCUUCACUCAGGGAAUUUGCAGCACCCCGGGAUCCGGAGUGAAAAACGGAGGGCAGGAGACCAUUGAAAUGGUGAAAGGAGGGCAGACCAUUGAGUCCUGCCAGGAGGCCGGGCAUCAUCACACCCUGGGAUCGUGUAAGGGAGGUGGACAGCACACCCUGGAUUCCUGCAGAGGAGGACAAGUAGAGGCAGACAACUGCAGAUACGCGUACUCCGAUUGGUACACCUACACUCAGCCCCGCCUUGGUGAAAAGGUCCAGCAGUGUAAUCAGGAUAACAGUCAUACGCAUGCACAAGACUACGUCCGGACGUAUAACUAUGAAGGAAAAGGAUCGGCGGCUGGUUCUGUGGGUUGUUGCAGUGAACGACAAGAAGAAGAUGGGCUUGAAUUUUUGGAUCAUUUGGAACCCAAAUUUAGGACACUAGCAGAAGCAUGCAUGAAGAGAUGAGUGUGUUCUAUUUAGUCUACAAAAGCCAGUGGCUUUAAUUGUCUCUUUUAAAUUAUUAUUACAAGCCAGGAUUUUUUUAAAAAUAGAAGAUGCUGUUUUGGGGGGCUUUUCCCCUUUAUUUUGUUGAGAUCUCUUUAGCCAAAUGUGCUUUUACAGAGGGAUGCUGUGAACAACUACACAAAUUUCCUGAUUUCUCCGUAGUUUUUAAAUACUUGUCUUCCACCUAAGGACACCUGCAGAUAGACAAGUUGAGAAAGUCUGCGUUACUGUUUACAUUUGGGUAUAGUGACAGCAGCCAAUUUAUAGUGCAAUAAUAUGUAAUUAACUCAAGUCUAUAUCAUAGACUACUUGGAGUAUAACCGAAUGGAAAGUUGAAGAGGUCUUGCUCUAACAUUAUCUUCAGUUACCUAAAUUAAUUGUUUGUGUGGUGCUUGAAGACUGUUGUUCUCCUAAACAUUCUAAAGUGUAUACACUGCAUUCUUGCUAUUGUUUUAGUCUUGUAACAUGACCUUGCCUCAUAAAGCAAAGGGAGAUUCCCAACUAAGCAUUGACUGUUACUAUAAUUCCACUUUGGUGGACUUCAGUUUUUGUGUUGUAUUCUCUGUGAAAUCCGGCACUGAAUCUACAUUUCCUCUGUUACCCACCUUCUCCGCAAAAUUUAAAUUAAAAAAGUGCUGAAGAAUGUA